ACCAUUCCUAUCAAAUCGGUAGGCGUGGCCUGAUACUCACCGACUCGCCAUUUCCCUCCUGUUGUUAUUAGCGGUUGUUAGCCGUUGUUAGCUAAAUAAGCUAGCUGCUCCGCGGUGAAACAAAGUCACGUCAAGAUUUAAAACUUAGUUAGGUUGUUGUAGCUAGUUCAACGCUACUUCUCUCCCGUCACCAUGGACGAGGAAUAUUAUAGCGGCGGUGGAGACUGGGAAGGCACGGGGGAAGGUCCCGCGGAUUAUGUGGAAGGGGAAAAUGAUGGGAAAAUCCAGGAAGAUUGCUUUCAAAAGUUCUCCAGCAGGGAUUACAUCAUGGAGCCUGCUAUCUUCAACACCCUUAAAACGUAUUUCCUAUCGGGUGGCUCUCCAGAACACGUCAUCCAGCUUCUCUCUGAAAACUACUCUGCUGUGGCUCAGACCGUCAAUCUCCUGGCAGAGUGGCUCAUCCAGAUGGGUGUAGAGCCUGCUCAGGUCCAAGAGCGAGUAGAAAAUCACCUCAAAAGUCUCCUGAUAAAACACUUUGACCCCCAAAAAGCUGAUUCCAUUUUCACUGUUGAGGGAGAGACUCCUGCUUGGCUCGAGCAGAUGAUAGCGCACACUACGUGGAGAGAUCUUUUCUAUAAGCUGGCAGAGGCUCACCCAGACUGCCUGAUGCUCAACUUCACUGUAAAGCUCAUUUCAGACGCAGGGUAUCAGGGGGAGAUCACCAGUGUGUCCACAGCGUGUCAGCAGCUGGAGGUUUUCUCCCGAGUAUUGAGGACGUCUUUGGCCACGCUACUGGAUGGAGGAGAAGAAAACCUGGAGAAGAACCUGCCAGAAUUUGCAAAGAUGGUGUGUCACGGCGAGCACACCUACCUCUUCUUCCAGGCGAUGAUGUCCAUCCUCUCUCAGGAGGAACAAGGCGGCUCAGCUAUUCGAAGGAUCGGCCAGGAGGUGCAGAAGUCCGCACAUGAGAGAGGUCACGAUGCCAGUCAGAUAACGCUCGCGCUCGGCACAGCAGCAGCCUACCCUCGAGCCUGCCAGGCGCUGGGGGCCAUGUUGUCUAAAGGAGCCCUGAAUCCGGCAGAUAUCACAGUUCUGUUCAAGAUGUUCAGCAGCAUGGACCCGCCUCCUGUGGAGCUGAUCCGAGUGCCGGCCUUUCUGGACUUGUUCAUGCAGUCGCUGUUUAAGCCGGGAUCAAAGAUAAAUCAAGACCACAAACACAAGUACAUUCACAUCCUGGCCUACGCUGCCAGUGUGGUUGAAACGUGGAAAAAGAACAAGCGAGUCAACAUCAAUAAGGAUGAGCUGAAGUCGACGUCCAAGGCCAUAGAGACUGUGCACAACCUGUGCUGCAACGAGAACAAAGGAGCCACCGAGCUGGUGGCUGAACUCGGCACUUUGUACCAGUGCAUCCGGUUCCCAGUCGUCGCUAUGGGGGUUUUGAAAUGGGUGGAUUGGACGGUGUCUGAGCCGCGCUACUUCCAGCUGCAGACAGACCACACUCCAGUGCAUUUAGCUUUGCUGGACGAGAUCUGUACGUGUCACCAGCUGCUGCACCCGCAAGUCCUCCAGCUGCUCAUCAAGCUUUUUGAGACGGAGCACUCUCAGUUGGACGUCAUGGAGCAGCUGGAGUUGAAGAAGACUCUGCUGGAUCGGAUGGUUCAUCUGCUGAGCCGUGGCUACGUCCUGCCGGUAGUCGGUUACAUUCGCAAGUGUCUGGAGAAACUCAACACGGACAUCUCCCUCAUUAGAUAUUUUGUCACUGAGGUGCUGGAUGUGAUCGCUCCUCCCUACACAUCAGACUUCGUUCAGCUCUUCUUGCCCAUCCUGGAGAACGACAGCAUCGCAGGAACAAUCCGCACAGAGGGAGAGCAUGACCCUGUAGCAGAGUUCAUUGCUCAUUGCAAGUCAAACUUCAUCAUGAUAAACUGACAGCGACAAUGUUGGAGAUUGUACCAGGAAGACCCAGCGGAGGAAGAAGAUCUGUGAUCACAAAACGCUCUGCUGUUGGAGCGCAUAGCUCGGGACUGUUCAGUCUGACCGAGUGAACGAUUUGUUUCUAUCGAGGCAACAAAACGGGGAGAAGUUCAGUAAGUAGACGGACCGGUUGAAGGAGAAGCCUCUGAAGAUGCAGCUAAACGUUUCCUUUUUUUUCACCUGUAUAUUUGAUUUUCUAUAUUUUUAUGUUGGUUCAAGUGGUUUUUAAAUAAAAACCUGAAUAUGUGCUUUCUUGCAUUUGUAAAAUGGCUUUUUUAUUGGAUUUUUAUCAUUAACGUUACCAAGAAAGAGCCAAGUUUUCUGCAUAGCACAAAGCUAGUUCGUUGAAUUUUGACAGUGAAUACGACUGGCACAUAGAUACAGUAAACUAUAUAAUCAUGUCACCAUAGGAAGCUUUGCACAGGAUGUUUCCCGCCUACAGACGGAGUGAUUCGUACUCAAAGGACAGGUUGUGUGUGGAGCAUCACUUUUAAGUGUUGUGUUUAUUGACACAAUUUAAAACAACAAAACAAAGAUUGCAAUUUUUCCAGAAUGUCUGAUGUGUAGAUAAGUGUGAACACAAAAAGGAAAUAACAGUUUGUAUUCGGCUGCCAGUGCAUGUAAGGCACAAUUUAAAGUUGAUGUAUUUUUCCUAACGGUGUGGUGCAAUACUGUCAACACAAUAAACACCACACACUGAAGACAGUCGGUGUCACAGCAGUAUAGGACUAAUCAUAAACUCUUCUUUGGCUGAGUCAGUUUGCAUUGAAAAAUGUGAUCUACAAAAAGCUGAAUAUUUGCAUUGAUUGGAGCAGGUCUGAUUUCACCCCUUUAAGUGUAAAAAAUAGAUCGUAUUCCCUUUAAAACAUUUUACAAAGAGAAAGUGUCUCUGCCCGAGACAGGAAGACAUGAAGAGUGUCUUCUGACGCUGUGGGUGCUGCUCUCCUCUACAGGUAGGCCUUGGGGACCACUGGGUCUCCAUACAUGCAGUCCUCCUCCAACGCCAGGUUGUAUGUGCUUCCACUUCCUCCUUUGUAGGCGCUGGUCACAAUCCUGAGCCAUCCCUUCUCACCCUGGAGGAAUGAAUCAACAACUAUUGUGAUGAACGAUCAAUCGUUGUAGUCAUUUUUCAAGCCAAAAUGCCAAACGUUCCCGCCCUUCGAAUGCAGACCGGCCAAUCAUAGCAGAUUAUCUGCCAGCGCCGACAACUUCAUGGCUCUGCUACAUAGACGCCUAACAAUCGUCUUCAGGCUGGUUUUAUGGUUAAGUGAACCAGCGUCUAACAUUUUAAUCCCUGAAGAUCUACGUUUCUGCGUAAAAACACGGGGAGCUAACAUGAGCAGAGUGCGUUAGCAUAUCAUUAACUAGCGUUAAAGUAGCUUCUCUUUGAAAUUGCUUUUCUGUUAUUUAAAUAAAAAAGUAGAUAAUAUUCAUUCAGGGAGUGCAAUUAGUGGCAGUGAGGGCUCUAUGCUAUCUUCGCUCUGAUAGCUUGAUGGGUACAUUGUGAGGAUUUGCUGGUUGUCUUUGUUUUAUAUGUGAUCGGAAGUUAAAUAACUCUGGGUUUUGGGACUGUUCGUUGAACAACAAUGCAUUUGAAGAUGUCCCCUCUUACUUAGGGAAUUACAAUAUUAUUAUUCAGGAAGCAGGGUAUUUAUUUUGACGAUAGAGCCGACAGCCAUCGCUAAGUUCUCUGUUUGAUAAAGACUUACCCAUGGCUCUCCCCAGGAAUUGCGUACAAUCCAGUAUUCAUCUCCGUUCUCCACGCCCCAUCCUGCCACUGACACAAUAUGAUUGAUGGAAGGAUCCUCCUGAUAUUCAGAGUAGACGCCUCCGGUGUAGGCAUCCAGUUUGUCUGUGGCCAUAAUCCCACAGCUGGAGAAAGCAAAACAUCACAGAUUACUCACCUCCUCUGGGUGAAGGUGAAACAAUUAGUGAAAUCAGAAAGUGUAGCGCUGCUGUGGAAUGAAGACGUGGAUAUAUAUAUACGAUUCAUCAAAUGUUCCACAGCAGUCUAACAAAUAAGUACCAGAGCGGCUGCCUACUGCUGCUCUACAACAAAAACAAGGUGCAAACCUGAUUGGUCCUCUAGCGUUGAUCUCUGCCAUCAUCUUCUCCCUCCCGCUCACAGAUCCGAAAUCUCCCACUUUCCACAGGGUGUAGUUCUUCACAAUGUUGCACACUCCAAAGGUGGUGCAGGUGCCACAUUGAUUGAAAGU